UAGAGAGAGAUGGGCCUGGCUGCUUAGACGUUAAGAUAAGUACCUAGGGUGAAGCAGGAUGGGGAAAAGGCUGAGGGGCUGGGGAAAGCUCCAGCCUAGGAAAGCCCCAGGCCUGCGGCCUAGUACGGGGCUAAGAGGUACUGGGGUUUGCAGGGGGCAACCUAAGGAUAGGCAAAGCAGCAGGUCCGACCCCCGUUGCCGGUGAUGAGAAGGCUGACACUGCAGUCUGUCCCAGGAUAUGGGGCUCGAUAGUGACUGAGCAGUAGCCAUUCUGAGGCAAGUGGGGAUAGCGUGGUGGGGGGGGUUCCCCUGAGAGGGGGAGACCCAGUUAGAGUAAAAGGGGCACCGGGUCCAGGGAGGGACACGGGGCUGAGAGUAAAGCAGGUGGAUCACCAGCCUGCAGAGGGCGCUCCGGACUGGAAAAGGAGCUAAGUUGCGGAGUAACCAGUAGGAGGCGCCGCAGGGCUCCAGCUGUCUCAGCAUCUGUCCUGUGCUCAUCACUGCGAGUUCUGACUACUUCACAUAUGCAUUAUAUCGACCGCAAAGAGCCAUGGGCCGUGGAGGAAAAGCCUUCUCCAUCGUAGGAUAAAAGCUACUGGAGAAUGUGAACUCGCCUCCGGAGCUGUUCUGCUCAAGUUGGAUGUGGCCCUCAGCAGAUCAUGUCACCCAUCAGCAACGGCAGCCUCAGACCUCCCGCAUUCCUCCUGGUCGGCAUACCGGGGCUCGAAUCCACGCAGCACUGGGUCGGGAUCCCUCUGUGUUCCAUGUAUAUCGUGGCCUUGCUGGGGAACAGCAUUGUUCUGUUUGUUAUAAGGACAGACCCCAGCCUGCAUGAGCCCAUGUACUUCUUCCUGGCCAUGCUGACCAUCACCGACCUGGUCCUGUCCACAUCCACCCUGCCCAAAAUGCUGAGUGUCUUCUGGCUGGGUGAAAGGGAGAUCGAGUUCCACGCCUGCUUCGCCCAGAUGUUCUUCGUCCAUGCUUCCUCGCUGGUGGAGUCAGGCAUCCUGGUGGCCAUGGCCUUAGACCGCUAUGUGGCCAUCUGCAACCCCCUCCGGCAUGCCACCAUAUUGAAAAUCAGUAUGGUGGCCAAGAUAGCGCUGCUGGUCUUGGUCAGAGGCCUUGUUGUGAUAGCCCCCUUCCCCUUGCUCCUCAUGAAGCUUCCUUUCUGCCAGUCUUACAUCAUCCCCCACUCCUACUGCGAGCACAUGGCCUUGGUGAAGCUGGCCUGCGCAGACACCACGAUCAAUGCAACGUACGGCGUGGUCGUGACCAUGUUAGUUGUGGGGAUGGAUGGUAUGUCCAUUGUUCUGUCCUACGUGAUGAUCCUCCAGGCCGUCUUUGGCCUCCCUUCCACCCAGGCCCGGCUCAAGGCUCUCAGCACCUGCACAUCCCACGUCUGCGUCAUUCUCGUGUUCUACGUUCCUGGGCUCUUCUCCUUCCUGGCGCACCGCUUCGGCCAGAGUGUUCCCCUCCCCAUCCACAUCCUGCUGGCCAACCUCUACCUCCUGAUGCCACCCAUGCUGAACCCCAUUGUGUACGGGGUGAAAACCAAGCAGAUCCGCAGUCGGGUGACCAGGAUCUUCCAUGUGAGGGGCUCCUGAGCACCAGAGGGAGGUCGCUGCACACUCAUUU